AUGGUGCUGAAAGUGGAGAGUCAAGAACUGAAUGAAACGGAAGAGAAAGCUCAGUAUGAGAAACACUAUGAUUUCAUGACUGGAGAGAAAUCCACUCAGAAUGAAAAGACUUCCUCACAAAAAAGAGCUCAGAAAACCAUGUCGAACAGUUCUUUUACUUGCCAUCAAUGUGGUAAGAGUUUCACUCAAAAACAAAGCCUUACCAUCCACAUGAGAAUUCACACUGGAGAAAAGCCUUUCACCUGCCAACAGUGUGGACUGAGUUUUACACAUAAAGAAAACCUUAAUUCCCACAUAAGAGUUCACACUGGAGAGAAGCCUUACAAAUGCCAACACUGUGGACAGAGUUUUGCACAUAAAGGAAACUGUAAUGCCCACAUGAGAAUUCACACUGGAGAGAAACCUUUUACCUGCACACUGUGUGGGAAGAGCUACUCACGAAAAGAAUGUCUUAAGACUCACAUGCGAAUUCACAUUGGAGAGAAGCCAUUUGUAUGUGGUCAGUGUGGAAAGUGUUUCAGAUGUAAAGUAAACCUUAAUCAGCACAUGAGGAUUCACACAAGAGAGAACUGUUUUAUGUGUCAUGAGUGUAGGAGGAGUUUCACAGAUGGGAAUGACCUGAAGAAUCACAUAAUAACUCACAUCAGAGAGACACCUUUCAUGUGCCAUCACUGUGGAAAGGCUUGCACAAGCAAAUCAAUCCUUGAGAUUCACAUUAGAACUCACACUGGAGAGAGGCCUUUCACAUGUCCACAGUGUGGAAAAGGUUUCACACAUAAAGGAAACCUUAACAUCCACAUGAGAAUUCACACUGGAGAGAAGCCUUACACGUGUCUAAAGUGUGAAAAGAGUUUCACAUAUCUAAGAGACCUCAAAUGUCAUUUGCAAACUCAUUCUGGAAAGCAACCGUAGUGUUCAUCAGUGUGGCAAGAGAUUUACAAAAUACAGCCGUUUCAGAAAUCACCUGCACUCUGGAGGAAGACCAUUUCAAUUUAAUCAGUGUGAUAAAAAAAAUUUGCACGCCAUUAUCACUUACAGGUACACCUGAAAAGUCAUACAGAUGUG